AUGCCACUGUCGCUGAAUCUUCCUGGGAAGACUGAAGAAAGGCCCACGCAUGUCUUUGACCAUGGUGCUGCAUACACUGGCAGCUGGGUGGGCCAACAACGACAAGGAUAUGGCGUCCAGGUCUGGCCGGAUGGUGCGCGCUAUGAAGGAGACUGGAAGGAAGACAAAGCACAUGGCUGGGGCAGGUUUGUGCACGCCGAUGGCGAUGUUUACGAGGGCGAGUGGGCAUCAGAUACUGCUCAUGGGAAGGGCACCUACCAUCACUCCGAUGGGUCCAAGUAUGAAGGUCAAUGGGAGUACGACAGACAACAUGGACACGGUGUGGAGCACUGGGUGGAUGGCGCGCGCUACGAGGGCAAGUACACUGCAGGGAAGAAGCACGGCAAAGGCUACUUCACCUGGGCAGAUGGCUCUUCUUACGAUGGAGAGUUCAUGAGCAACGACAUCCACGGCAUUGGGACCUACACCUGGGGAGAUGGACGUCGCUACGAGGGGCAGUGGGAAGGCAACCGAAUGCAUGGUCGGGGCAAAUUCACUUGGCCUGAUGGCCGGGAAUACGCCGGAGAGUACAUCAAUGACAUUAAGGCUGCCAUGAAACCGAAGAAACGGCGACACCAAGUUCACCUGGUAGAGUUUGAUCUGAAUCAGACCGAUGAACAGCCGGAUGGAAACAUCCGGAGCCAAGGUACGAUGGACAAUGGCGAAAUGGGAAGCAACAUGGCUUGGGUUGGCUCGGGGACCCGGCGGCGACUCGAAAUGAACUUAACAAGUGCAGACAGUGCAGACUAUUCAAGUGAUUAUUCAAGAGAUUAUUCACAUCUAUUCACCAUUUGA